AUGAAUCUUAAUCCUGAGAGAAGAAUAGAAGAUAUAGCCUUGAAGGUUGAAGCAUCUAAGCAAAAAGAACCACAACAAGCUAUUGAAACAGACAAUGAAGAUGAAGAUGACAAUGAUGUUGUUCUCCUGACAAGAAAGCUACAUGAGAUGAUCAAGUAUAGAGAAAGUGGAGGCUUUGGGCACUAUCAAGCCAAUUGUGCUAAUACUCUUAGGAAGAAAAUAAAAUCACUGAAUGCUAGAUGGAGUGAUGACUCAGAUGGUAGCACUGAAGAAGACGAUGAAGGAAGUCUGAGCAAUCAUCAUACGUCAUUUCCUGCUGUGAUGAAUGAAUCCACGCCUAUUGCAGAAUAUGUUACAACAUCAGCUACAACAUCCACUGAAACUGGCAGUGAGUACAAUGAGAAGACCAUGGACUCCAUGAACAAGGGUAUUGCCAAGCUUGACGAGAUUCUAUCAGUUGGAAGAACUAGUAAAUCCCGACAUGGUAUUGGGUAUAUUGGAGAAAGCUCAAGUGUCAAGACAGAAGUUCACAUAGAAACAGUAUCUGAGAAGAAGGCCUUGUCAAAGAAAAAAUCCCAGAAGAAGAAAGAGAAGGUCAGCAAGUCCAAGAGGAAGUCUUUCUCAGAUGCAGAAGUAGAAGUCUCUCCAAGGCUCAAGAGGAAGUGUACUGAAGCUGCAAAACAAGGGGAGAAACCAUUAAUAAGUUCUAAGAAAAAAAAGAAGAAGAAGGCAACCCAACAGGUAAAAGACAGUGAUGAAGACAGAUUCCUUGAUAAAGCAUCCAAGAAGAAGUUUGAGUCUUUUGAAGAGAGAGGUAUUAUGGUUGAAAGAAUUAUUGAUGAGAUGGCAUUUGAGAAGUUUGGGCUGACCAAGUUAUUGCAAGAAAGGAGUCUGUACAAGUCUGCAACAUUUUCAGAAAAUUACAAUUCCUGGAGUUUAAAGUCAGAGGUGAAGGGCAACUAUGAAGAAGAGUUGGAGCUGAAUGAGGAAGUUCUAAAAGAGAUCACUGGAGGAAGGACAGAGUCAUGGGGAGAAGAGACAAGACUUCCAGCAUCCAUCCUCACGGCCAAGUACAAUGUUCUAUUUAGACUUGGCAUUCAGAAUUGGUUACCAGCCCCGCACAAUUCUAGCAUAGUGAAGGAGCUUGCUCUGUUAUUGUUUGCUAUUGGAACUGAAGCUGACUGUUCUUACUCCUCGACAUCACUUGGGUAUCCUGCACUGCUGUCGCAGUAUUUGUUACAACAUGGAGUACAACUCAAGAAGGGAGAACCAGUCAAAGCAGUGAAGAAACUGAAGAUUUCUCAGAAGCUGUUCAACCCAGGUAAGAAGAUUGAUUUACCUGUAGGAAGGGUGUCUCCAAUGCCUGAAGAUGAAGAAGAGUAUGAAAAGUUUUUGAAAGAGCAACUAGAAGAUGCGGAGAGGAGGCAACGAGCAUUAUUUGCAGAAUUGUUCAUCAUUGCCAAACAAAAGCAGAAUAUUCUAUCUCGCCUGGAGAUUCUCGAGAAGAAAAUGAAAAGAAAUGACGAUGGCCACGAUUCAGGGGGAGAUGAAGACUGCGAGGCCUGA